AUGAUCCCCAGUCCAAUAAAGUCCGACAGCACAUCUGUCCUCAUGAUCUCGUUUCAAUCAAUCCUUCAGUGUAUCAAUCCUGAUGAGAAGUCAACACGAGCAGCGUCUCCAUGUUUUUUCCUGAGAUUAUUCAAAAUUGAGAAUCACAGCGGAAACGAAACACCGGUCGUAGAGCAGCCCGGAGCUCUUCGACAACAAUUGGUGGCACCAAAUGCCGGGACCGUUAACAGACCCAUUCGAAAACCCCGGAAACGGGACAAGAAGAAAAAAAAGAAAAAGUGUUGUAAUGGUUGCUGCAGCUGCUGCUGCUGCUGCAAAACUGGAGACAAGGUUGCAGGUACGGAAUCGGAACCGGAAACGGAACCGGAUUCUGGAACCGAAAAAAGCACCGGAUGUUGUUCGUGUUGUCCAUCAAAGAAAGACAGAAAGGCAAGACAACAGGCAAAAAAGAAAGAGACAUGUUUGGUGUGUUGUAAACGUUUCACGACUUUCGUGUUUUCACAUAUAGGCUUGUGUUCGUUAGUGGUGGCUUAUUCGGUGUUGGGUGGAUUUAUCUUCAUGAAAUUGGAGGCUCCGUCUGAAGUAGUAGAAAGAAACAAUAUGGCGGCUAACCGGAAGCGGCAAGUACAUGCGUUGUGGAACCUGACUCUAGAUCUCAAUGUGUUAUAUGAGGAGAAUUGGACUCAACUGGCUGAUGAUGUGUUGAAGGCGUUCCAGAAGGAAGUUUACACAGCCACCAAGGAGAAAGGAUGGGAUGGCAAGGAUGGGGAGGGGGAGCUCCAGUGGUCGUUUGCCGGGGCUCUGCUGUACUCGGUAACGGUCAUAACAACAAUUGGUUACGGUCACAUAGCCCCCAAGACAUUCUACGGCCAGCUGGUGACCAUGGUGUAUGCUCUGAUCGGAAUCCCACUCACCUUACUGUGUCUCGCCAAUCUCGGGAGUUUCAUGGGAGACUGUUUCCGGUGCUUGUACAAGCAAAUCUGCAUCGGUCUCAUGUGGUUGUGUUGCCCGCCGCAGGCACGUGCAGCACGAUCAAAGUCAUAUUCCGCCAGGAUACGAUACCGGAAGUCAGGUGACUCAGAAGAAGAGAACCCCCUCCGAGGGAAGACUGUGGUAGAGGGGAAGGGGACGGAUGUGUCUGUGGUGGUUGAGGAAGACCAGAAAUCUCAAAAGGAAGAUCCUGUGAGAGUACCAAUGUUUGUCAGUCUCAUGAUAAUAGCUAUAUAUAUAUUUGGUGGUGCUUUGAUAUUCUCCAAAUGGGAGGGGUGGGACUACUUGAUUGGGUCCUACUUCUGUUUCAUCACACUCAGCACCAUCGGCUUCGGCGACUACGUCCCCGGGGCCGCGGGCGCGGCCGAUGAUUGGGACAGUCAAGAGAAACUCAUUAUCUGUGCGUUCUAUCUUGUGUUCGGACUUUCUCUGAUCGCCAUGUGCUUUAACUUGAUGCAGGAGGAAGUGCGGGCUAAGUUUGCCUGGUUGGGGAUGAAGCUGGGUAUCCUGGACAAGGAAUAGACAAGGAGUCUAGAUCCUGCUCGUGUUGCCAAGGAUGGUCACAUGAAGCGAUGGUUGACUAGGGAUUGACACACGAUGUUAGUGUUGCCUGGGGUGUGUUAUAUAGGAAAAUGGUUGACUAGGAUUAGACACAAGGUGUCAUGGAUGCCUAAUAGACUUUACAUGGGGUAAUGGUGGACAAGGAUUUGGACAUUUGUUAUUGUUGACUAAAGGAUGUAAGAAUUGACCACGAGGUAAGAAUAGAUUAGUAGUGGACGCACGUGUCAGAGAUUCCUAGACGAUAUUACACAAGGUAAAAGUUGUGUGCCAAAUGGUGGACACAUGGCGUCAUUGAUACCUAGGCUAUUAUACAACUAGCGAUGGCUGAUUCAGGGUUCGACACCCGGUGUCACGGUUACCUAGAGUGAUUGAUACCUGGUGUGAUGACUGCAUGCCAAGCAGGUGGUCAACAUUGGCGAGGGUUACCGAAUUUGAUGGCUACCUGUGGUAAUGACAAGAGUGAUAUUAACCGUGUGUGAAAAUAACCCACUUACGAUGGUAUAUCUACUGUUAUAGUCGACAAGAACGACGGUGGCCAAGGACGAGAUGCUUAAGAUAAGGUUUGCCCUGGAUAUUGCAAUCUUAAGCUAUUGUGAAGCCCGGUUUGAUUGGUUGAGUAGUUAGAUGUCCAUUGUGGAGUAAAGUGAUUCUUGAACCAAGAGAAGCCACAAGACGAGUGAGUACCACAUGGGUUGUGCUGGAUGGUGAAUACAGCGACCGUACAGAACCUGACAAGGACAAAGGAAGUAACGUAAGAAUACCCGAGUGAACCAGUGUGCAUAAGGAUCGAGGACAUCAGGAUGUUCUGAAUGAUUCCGGGUUCAUGGAUGACGUAUUAGCUCCUGUGUGUAAACAACGUUUUCAUCUUGUGUCAUUUGGUGUGGUAGACUAAUAAUGAUUAGUUGUGAAGAUAUUUACAUGAUGUUACAACAAACUCUGGCACAUCAUAUUUCGUCUACUCGGGACACAGAGUGUCUCCCCAAAUAGCCACGUGGUGCUAACUUCCUAACAAAGGAGAGCUAAAUAUUUUACAAUCAAAUCACACUAUCACGCAUCCCGACAAAACAUUAACGCGAUAUCACCUCCACCCGAUCUCCUGAUAUUACAUAAUAGUACUUGUCUCGACCUCCUGAUCUGACAUGAUAUCACCUAUAUCCGACCUCCUGAUCUGACAUAAUAUCACCUAUAUCCGACCUCCUGAUCUGACAUAAUAUCACCUAUAUCCGACCUCCUGAUCUGACAUAAUAUCACCUAUAUUGACAUAAUAUCACCUAUAUCCGACCUCCUGAUCUAACAUGAUAUCACCAUA